GGCCACACCGCUUGCUUGCCCCCUUCUGUCUUCUUCCUCUUUCAAAGCUGCCUCUGUUAGAAAAACAAAUCCCACUCAGACCAACACCCCUCUCUCUCUCUCUCUCUCUCUCUCUGUUCUACUCUGUUCUACACUCUGCACUGUACUAAGCCCUCUGCUUUCUCGCUCUACUGCUCUCUGUGUCUGUCGGUGGUUCUUGCCAUCGUUUUCGCGAAAGAAAGGACUCGUGAAGUUUCAUGUGAAAGGUUGGGGAGAGAUCUGAGGGACAUAAUGGUUGAAACGGGUCACAUGCUUUGGAUUCAGGUGAACGGAGUGUUCCUCUUCUCGCUUUUUUUCUUUGCUUCUGUCUUCUUCCCUCUUUCGCGUCUUCUUUGAAUUCGUGUUCUUUCGGUCUCCACUUUCUUUGCUCUCUGCAAAUUUUGUCAAAAAGCGUGGUCUUCUAGGGUUUCGGGGAAGGAAAGGGACUUUGAUUGCUGCAGAGAUUCGCAAGGACGGCUCUUUUCGGUAUUGGGUACGUGAAGUUGGUGCAGGUGCGGGUUUGAGCUGGAAGGUGUGUGUAACUUGCAGUGCAUUGAAGUUCAGAUGGCGUUUUGGUAUCCUUUGGGGUGUAGCAUUUGAGUUUGGUGCCUCAAUGCUCGGUUUUUGUUGUUUGAUUUGACGACUUUGUGUCAUUGCUAAGUUUUACUUGUUCUGUUACUACUAGGUCUGCCCAUAUCCUACAGUAACAACUGAGUUCUUUUGAGAAUUCUGGAACUUUAUGUGUUCGUUGGAUAUGGGGGCUGGUUGUGUAUGCUAAUGUUUGAUUUGUUCAUGACGGGAGGAGCUUUGAUUGCUGGAUUUUAGGCAUUCCUGUUGGCUUGGGCACACCAUGAGUUGAAACUCUGUGGCGGGUUUUGAUGGUUUGAUUGCUCCCGAAUGCCAUAAUUAAAAAGAUCUGGGGCGUUUGCGAGGGUGGAAAAUGAAAUAUCUUUUUAUAUCUUUCCUUACUACGCAUCAUUUUUCUCUAGUGGACGCAUUUAUGUUUUGAUCAUGACCAGAGCUGUUCGAGAUAGGAUUCUCAAGGAGGCAAAUGGUGAUAUUAGCGAUCAUCUACGCAACCACAUUCAUUUGACGAACUGCAUUCACUUGAAGAAUCAUAUGCAUCGGCACAGCCCCAUAUUAGCUGACAAGUCCCUCAUGAGGGAUCUCAUUGUCCUUCAGAGAUCGCGAUCUCUGAGGGAUCCUUCUACUAGUCCUCCCUCGUGGCACUCGCCAUCUGUUCUUGACUUACUUUCCAAGCAAGUUGAAGAGGAUUCUGUGGUUCGCGAGGGAAGAAGGUCCCUAGGUAUUGAGUUGCCAAGGGAUGGAAGAAGGUUGUCUGGAAGCUCACUUCCUAUAGCAAUUUUAGCUUCAUCAAAAGUUGCGCCUGGUGAGACAAAUGGGGUGUUGGCAUUCAGUGACCGAAGCAGCAAGAGUGGAGUUCGGGAUGGUAGAGAAAUUAACAGAGAAGGAUCUAGUCGGAAGAAUAUGAGGAGUAAUCCUUUGGGUGACAGUGAAGAGCAUUCUCAAGACCAGGAAAGUAAUGAAUUGGUCCAUGAUGGUGUUUCAGGGAACUCUGAACCAAUAGACAAAAGGAGUAAACAGAGGGGGAAGCAUAGACAAGCUGUUCAUCUUAAGACCCUAUCUGAGCAGUUGAAUGAAAUUCCCUUGGACAGUGAUGGUAUAGCAUCAUCACACAUUCAUCUUCAUGGGCGGCGCAUGACAGCGGAGAAAACCAGGGAGGAGCCAGAGGCUAGCAUUCGUGGCUACUGUGGUGGAUUGGACAGGGCGAAAAAGCGCAGGUUGCGAGGUGCAAGAAGAACUCGGGCUUCCAGAGCUCAAAGCGAACUGUCUGUAGCCUCUAAUUCAUUGGCUCAAGGUUCAGCACGCCACCAGUGUCACUUGGAAGAGGGGGAGGAAGAGUAUGGAGAGCCAAAUGUCACUAGGGCUCCUAGAAAUGGCUGUGGUAUUCCUUGGAAUUGGUCAAGAAUUCAUCAUAGAAGCAAGACAAUACUUGACAUGGCUGGAAGAAGUUUCUCUUGUGGCUUGUCUGACUCGAGGUCAAGGAAAAGAGGUUUGGUUCCCCGAGGGAACGAUGUUUCUGAUAUGCCUGUGGCACCAGAUCACUCAAGUUCAUCUGCUAAAUUUGAUGCAGAGGCACUCCCUUUGCUGGUUGAAGCAUCUGGAUCUCAGGCCAGCUCUGAUAAUGCUGCUUGGGCGCGUGACUACUCUGGGGAGCUAGGUAUUUUUUCUGAUCACUUACUAAAACAUGAUAUAGAUUCUGACCUUGCUUCUGAAGCUAGAUCUGGUCGGAAAUUCAAGUUUAGAGGACAACGGUGCAGUAGACACCAAAAUCUAACUCAGAAGUACAUGCCAAGAACCUUUAGAGAUCUGGUGGGGCAGAAUUUGGUAGCACAAGCACUUGCAAAUGCCGUGGCUAAACGGAAGGUUGGAUUAUUAUAUGUGUUUUAUGGUCCUCAUGGGACUGGAAAAACCUCUUGCGCACGUAUUUUUGCUAGAGCUCUAAAUUGCCAGUCCUUCGAACAUCCCAAACCUUGUGGCUUUUGUAAUUCUUGCAUAGCACACAAUAUGGGUAAGAGUCGAAAUAUAAGGGAAGUUGGUCCAGUCAGUAAUUUUGAUUUUGAGAGCAUUAUCAAUCUUCUUGACAAUAUGAUUGUUUCCCAGAUACCAUCACAGUACAGAGUGUUUAUAUUUGAUGAUUGUGAUACUUUGUCCCCUGACUGCUGGAAUGCUAUAUCCAAGGUCAUUGAUCGAGCGCCUAGACGCCUGGUUUUUAUUCUUGUCAGUUCAAGUCUUGAUCUUUUGCCUCAUAUAAUCAUAUCCAGGUGCCAGAAAUUCUUUUUUCCAAAAUUGAAGGAUGCAGAUAUUAUUUAUACUAUGCAGUGGAUUUCUGCCAAAGAAGAUCUAGAAAUUGAUAAGGAUGCUCUAAAGCUAAUUGCAUCACGAUCUGAUGGAUCUUUAAGGGACGCUGAGAUGACUCUUGAGCAGCUGAGCUUACUUGGGCAGAGAAUCACUGUUCCUCUGGUUCAGGAGCUAGUUGGGCUUAUCUGUGAUGAGAAAUUGGUGGAUCUACUUGAUUUGGCAUUAUCAGCUGACACAGUUAAUACUGUGAAGAAUUUGAGACAGAUAAUGGAAACUGGUGUGGAGCCUAUAGCUCUGAUGUCACAACUUGCUACAGUGAUAACUGAUAUACUUGCUGGUAGCAGUGAUUUCAGUAAAGAAAGGCAUCGAAGGAAAUUUUUUCGACGACCAGCAUUGUCUAAAGAAGACAUGGAAAAAUUGCGUCAGGCUCUGAAGACCCUAUCUGAAGCAGAAAAACAGCUGAGAAUGUCAAAUGACAAAUUAACGUGGCUAACUGCUGCACUGCUUCAACUUGCUCCUGAUCAACAGUAUACGUUGCCCAGUUCUUCUGCAGAUACCAGUUUUAAUCAGAGUCCCUUGGUCCACAGUAAUGCCAGUGGAAGAGCUACAGCUAGAAAAAGUAAUGCUGAGAAUGCUGAGAGGCCUUAUAGUGAGAGAGGCUUGCCAACAAAUGUUAGAAUUGAAAACUUCCAUGUUGGUAGUUCUUCUGAUAUCCAUGGUAAUGGUAAGAUGAAAGGUAGUAAUAUCAAUAGAAGACGACUUUCUGGGGCUGCAUUGGUUCCUCAACAGACGUCUGCAGUCUCUUCUGACUUUAUUAGAGUAAAAAGCAGGCAGAUUUCAGGCAAGACUCACAAGGAAAUUGAAGAAAUUUGGUUGGAGGUUCUGGAGAAGAUACAAAUUAAUAAUAUUAAAGAGUUCAUGCAUAAAGAAGGAAAGCUGAUCUCAGUUAGUCUUGGAGCAGCUCCAACUGUACAGUUGACUUUUAGUACACUUCUGAACAAAUCUAAGGCUGAGAAGUUUAGGAGGCACAUUUUACAGGCAUUUGAGUCUGUUCUUGGAUCCCCAGUCAUAAUUGAAAUCAGUUGUGAAUCUGGGAAGGAUGUGAGAGCGGGGGUUAAUGCUCUCCCUGUCUUAACGGCUUCUGAUGAAGGUUUGUCGCACAUGAUUACAAAUUCAGACACUUUUACCAAUGGCAGUUUGCCUAGGACAGGCUAUGAUGAUAUUAACAGACUGGUUUCCAAAGAUAAAAUUGUUAAUGGGGUUGGUGCAACUCAACCGCAGCUGUUGCACUCUGAACCUGUAGAAGUGGGAAGGAGUGAAAUUGUUGAAAUCGUAGCUUCUCCUAGAGAACCCAAGAAUACUGAGCAUGUCAAUAACAUUGUGCGACCUGAUAAAGGUUUGGAAAGUGUUUGGGUAGGAGAAGAAACAGCCUCUUCACACAAGACAUCUACCAUGGCUUCUAAUCCAGGAAGAAAAUUUGGGGAUCGUAAUCUGAGUCAGAGCUUAGUGAGAGGCAAAGUGUCUCUUGCACAUGUAAUUCAGCAGGCAGAAGGAUGUACACAGCGGAGUGGAUGGUCAAAGCGCAAAGCUGUUUCUAUUGCUGAAAAGCUUGAGCAAGAAAAUCUGAGGCUUGAACCUAGAUCAAGAAGCUUGCUUUGCUGGAAAGCAUCUAGAGUAACUCGUCAAAAGCUUUCGCGGUUGAAAAUUAGGACGCGGAAGCCACGGUCAUUACUGAAGCUUGUAUCUUGUAGCAAGUGUCUUUCUUCUAAAUCUCAAAGGUAAUACAAGAAAUAGAUUUUGGAUGGCUGUGAAGGCUAGUCUCAAGUAUAUUACUUGUAUUUAUUCAUGCUCGUGUAGCUUGGGGGGAUUCAGUUCUAUUAGUCAAUUCCUUUUAUUUAAUAAACUAUCAUUGACAAAAAUGUAGGAAAGAGCAAAAAAAUGAAAUAGUGCAGCCUUAUUAAUGAUUUUUUAUUUGCUGUUGCAA